GGAGGAAAGGCACACGGAGUCUGCGCAACGUUGCUACACCCGACCGUACGAAGUUUCUGGAUAUCCGUUCGCAGCAGUAGGAACGCAAAAAGCUUUAUAUUGAAGGAGAACUCCACAGUGCUGCGCCAGUUUGAUGGGGGAGGAUGACAUCAUCUUCACCACCAGAGUUUUUCGACAAGGACGGCGUGCCCAUACGCUUCAAAAAGAGGAAAGCUCGCUUCACCUUCAGCGAGGUGCACAUCCUUCUGGACGAGGUCCGCAAGCACCGCCACAUUGUUGUCGGCAAGUUCAACUAUGGUGUGCCGGCGACGGUAAAGAAGCGCACCUGGGCAGAGAUCACCGCCCGCAUCAACGAGAUUGGCGAGUGUGAGCGCGAGGUCGUGGAGGUCAUCAAGAAGUGGGCGGACCUGAAGUGCGAAACCAAGCGCAAGGUGGCGGCCGUCCGCACGGGGUUCGUCAGCUUCCCAGGCAGCCGCUACCUGCGCGACUUCUCGCCCACGGAGAACAUCGUCCGGCAGAUCCUGGAGCUGGACAGCAAGAAGGGAGGAGGACACCGACCCGGCAGCGGAAACCGAAACGGCAAGAGUACGGCAAAAGGGUCGGGUGAAGAUGAUGACGGGGCCGGGGAGGAAGACGAUGACAUGGACAUUAUGCCGGGGAUGGGCCUCAUGCCCAGCUCGCCUGAAACAGGGGAAGGAGAUGGAGGGGUGGGCACAGGUGCCAUGGACUCACCCUCCACCAUGCCACCCCCUCUGGAAACAUCUUCAUCCACACCUGUGCCUUCCACCUCCGCCAUGUCUACACCGCCACCGCUGCCAGGCUCAAAAGACACGAGCGCCGAGCGGGAGUCUGUGUUUGAUAGCUCUGGAGAUCUGUCAGAAGACCCGUUUGAAAUGAGUUUUGAAAUGCCGAUUGCAGAAGACAGCAGUCAGCAGGUGGACUCCGAUGACGACCAACGUGACAGCUCGCGACCGUCCACUUCAACUCCCACCCCCGCUGCCAACGCCGGCCCCAGCAAUAGCAACACACGCAGCAGCGCUGGAGCCGCGCACCGCUCAAAGACGCUCUCCCUUCCGCUCCCUUCUUCUUCUUCCUCUUCGGCUCCCCCUCCAGCCUCUGUGCCCUCCCCCUGUGUCCAGGCUCCGGAGCGGGGCGGCGUUGGCGUGUGCAGCGUGGACGUGGGCCAGGCGGCGGUGAUGAGCGUGCAGGAGCAGCACAUGAGCACCGCGCUGCUGGAGACGGUGUCGCGCUCACUGGAGCUGCUGUCCGAGUCGGUGCAGCAGCUGGCCGAGACGCAGCAGGAGUUCGCGCGCGAGUCGCUGCAGCUGCAGCGCGACACCGUCCAAGUGCUGCGCGACUUCGCCACCGGCGCCAUGACACUCAUGCACGACAAGCUCAACGGCCGCCCCGCGCUAUAGCCGUGGCAACCAAAACUCGUGCUGUAGCCACGGCAACUGACCCACGCCAAACCCCUGGGUUCAUGGACGAAGACGCUCUUUCGUGACGGACGGCGGCCGUGCUACAGCCAUGGCAGCCAAACCCGUGCCACCCCUGGUGUCGUGCUCGGAGACGACCAUUCAUGACGGGCGGCGCCCCCGGUGCUCGGUGCUGUAGACAAAGCAACCCGUCACGCGUCGUAGCCGUGGAGAUCUUGCCAGCCUUGGCGACAUGUUUUUGGUUGCUAGGACAGCUCAAACUGUUUGACUCGAACCCGCGGCCUUGGGAAAGGGAAGGCGGGUAUGUCAGCAAGGAGGCUUGAGUCUAUGACCAACAAGCCCAGUGGACUGGACGGCACAGCAGCCAUGGGCCAUGCUUGGUGUGGUGGACUGCCGUAUCAGCACUAUUAUAGCCUGAGCAGCGGGCUCCAGGGGACUGCAGGAUCCACAGCAGACAUCAGCCUUAAACAGCCUC